CUAUUUUAAAAUGACAACAAGUCCACAUUUACCACCAAAAAAAUUAAACACGCAAUUUAAUUUUGUAGAAUUACAGGUAUUUUCUAUAACCUUUAACACAGCUAAAAUUUUUUGCAAACGAGCAUAUUAAUUUUGUAAAUAGAUACUAAAAUUGAGAUUACAAUAUUAAAAAUUGUGCAACUUGCAACCAAUGAUAACAUACCUACGCCUCUUCAAUUGAAAAAUAGAAUAUAAAAUCGUAAAUACAGAAACAUUCUUCUUUUGCGUAAAAGCACUUUUUGUACGUUAACCUUUACUUAAAAAUGAAUAAAUUAGAUUCUUCACCGACUUUUAAAAACAUAAAAUCUAAAAAACUUCACUCUCCGAUACAAUUAAAAGAAAAGAUAAGAAAGGAUUAUAAACACAAGGUGCAAACUUGUCGUGAUAUUCUCUUAAGCAGAUUGCGAGAAUCUCCAUUGUUAGGCAAAGACCUUCAUACAACAUUAACAGACAUUUACAAUGAAACAUUUAGUAAUUUUAAUAUGGAUGGUUUCCAUAUUGAACUACUAACAAAUAAUGAAGAAACAAAAAUACUGGAGGAAAUCAAAAUGGAGCUAAUACAAACUGAAUUAAGUUGGUGGCUUGAAGAAUAUGAAAAAUCAAAUAUUGACAACAUAGACUGGUCUUCGUUACACAAGGACGAUAAUGUUAUAUGUUUACUUUGUCAAAAAAACAAUUUUACUCUUAAUAAUCAAAUUUUGUCAUGUACAUAUUGUAAUAUUAAAGUUAAAACGGAAAUGUCCUUACUAAGCAUUAAAAAACAGAUUGAUGACUGUAUAGAAAGGCACACCACCGUUUGUGCCGGAAGUGCACAAUUUGUAACAGUAUUAGAGUCGAAUGAGAGUCAUAUUUACCUUUUUUGUGAAGCCUGUAUGGACAUGCAAUUUGUUGUUUAAUUAUCUUUCUCGUUAUUGAAUUGUAAUGCCUAAAAAUCAAAUGCUAUUGAAUUUAAUCAAAUGCUUUUUGAUUUCCUAGGUACUAUAUUUUCUUAUACUUUUCAUAUGUAUGUUGUUUGAACUCAUUAAUAAAAUUGCUGUUUCUUUGUGUUGA